ACCGCAGUCGACUUUUGACACUGCUUCAACAUGGAUUGGCAACCUCAGGAUGAGCCAUUGAGGCAGCUGGCAUGCUGCCUCAGAGACUCCCUCAAUGGCCAGGACCCGGCCAUGCGGAAGCAAGCCGAAGAGAUGCUGGCUCAGGCCACAUCCUCUCCGGACUAUGUCAACUACAUCACCUACCUUUUCUCCACCGCACAGGUCCCUCCCGCCGUCGGCAUGGACGCAAACAUCUACAACUUUGUGCGAUUUGCUGCCGCCAUGAACAUUAAGACCAAGAUCGCUUGGGGCUACCACACCCUCCCCCAGCAGAGCUUGGUCUUCAUUCGAUCUGCUGCUCUGGUUGCGCUCCGCGAUAAUGAUCGUCAGGUCCAGAGAGGUGCCGGCAGUAUCAUCACGGAACUGGUGCAGCGGGGUGGUCUGCUGGCCUGGCCCGAGAUCCUGCACGAGCUGCUGUCUCUCGUUGGAAACUCCCCGGGCGAUGUGUCGGUCCCUGCCCAGGAAGCGGCAAUGGCAGCCCUGUUUAAGGUCUGCGAGGACAACCGCAAGAUCCUGGACCGAGACUACCAGGGCCAACGCCCGCUCGACGUGAUUAUCCCCAAGCUGCUGGAAUUCACCACUCGCGAUAGUCCUCGAGUGCGCUCGCUCGCCCUGAACAGCCUUCACAUCUUCCUCCCGCACCAGCCCCAGGCCUUAAUGGCCUCGCUCGACUUGUUCCUAUCCCAGCUUUUCAACCUGUCGUCUGACAACGACACCGAGGUUCGGAAGAUGGUGUGCCAGUCUUUCUCUCAGCUUGUUGAGUUUGCGCCAGAGAAGCUCAUCCCCCACUUGGAUGGCCUCGUCAGCUACAUCCUCAUGCAACAGCAAAACCAGGAGGACCCGGAGCUUGCUCUCGAUGCGGCGGAGUUUUGGAUUGUCGCCGGUGAGCAGGAUCGCUUGCAGGAGCCUUUGGCACCAUUCAUGUCGAAGGUCAUCCCCGUUUUGCUCCAAAGCAUGGUGUACGAAGAGGACGAUGUCAUUCGCCUGAUGGCUGAGGAGGAUGAUGCAGAGGCCGAGGAUCGCGCAGAGGAUUUGAAGCCGCAAUUUGCCAAGGCCCAGGGCGCUCGCGGUGAAAAAAAACUGGGCGAUCAGGCAAAUGGCGCUCAGCAGCAGCAGCAGCAGCCCCAGGAGGAAGACGAAGACGAUCUCAGCGAGGGUGAAAUUGAGGACUCGGAGUUUGGUGACCCCGAGGAUGAAUGGACCUUGCGGAAGUGCUCCGCCGCCGCUCUGGAUGUUUUCUCGAAUGUCUACCACAACCCUAUCUUUGAGGUUAUUCUCCCGUACUUGAAGGAGACCCUGCGCCACGAGCAGUGGCCAAACCGCGAAGCUGCGGUUCUUACUCUCGGUGCUGUUGCAGAUGGCUGCAUGGAUGCUGUGACACCCCACCUGCCGGAGCUGGUGCCAUAUCUGAUCUCUCUGCUGAAUGACGCUCAACCCGUUGUUCGGCAAAUUACCUGCUGGUGCUUAGGACGCUACUCCGAGUGGGCUUCUCACCUUCACGAUCCCUCGCAGAAGGCCCAGUUCUUUGAGCCGAUGAUGGAAGGUAUCCUCCAUCGGAUGCUUGACAACAAUAAGAAGGUGCAGGAGGCCGCUGCGUCUGCAUUCGCCAGCCUGGAGGAGAAGUCGGAUGGCAAUCUGGUGCCCUACUGUGAGCCCAUUCUUCGCCAAUUCGUUCAGUGCUUCGGCAAGUACAAGGAUCGCAACAUGUACAUCCUUUAUGACUGCAUCCAGACGCUUGCUGAGUGCGUCAUGGACGAGCUGGCCAAGCCCCAGUUGGUCGACAUCCUUAUGCCCGCCCUCAUCGGCCGAUACAACAUGGUCGUCGAUGACUCACGAGAACUUUUCCCGCUGCUCGAGUGUCUUGGCUACGUCGCUGCUGCCUACGGAGAUGCCUUUGCACCAUUUGCGCCCAACCUUUUCCAGCGCUGCACUGGCAUCAUCUACAAGAACCUGGAGACAUCCAUCGCUGCGACGAACAACGAGACUCUUGAUGAGCCGGACAAAGAUUUCCUGGUCACCAGCCUGGAUCUUCUCAGUGCUAUCAUCCAGGCUAUCGAUCCGCAAAAGAGCGGCGAGCUGGUGGCCACCUCGACGCCGCGCUUCUUCGAUCUGCUUUGCUACUGUAUGCGAGACGCUAAUUACGAGGUCCGCCAGUCUUCGUAUGCUCUUCUGGGUGACUGUGCCAUCAGCAUUUACCCUCACCUGGAACCGUUUAUCCCCACCAUUAUGCCUACCCUGAUUGAACAGCUUGACUUGGACCUCAUCCGUGAUGAUGACCGCCACACUGGCUUCAGUGUGUUGAAUAACGCCUGUUGGUCAUGUGGUGAGAUUGCCGUCAACGCGAACGCUCCUUUGUCUCCCUAUGUCGAGAAGCUGUACCACGCACUGUUGGUUAUCAUCAACAACGAGGAGAUCAUUGACUCCGUCAAUGAAAACGCUGCCAUGGCCCUUGGACGGCUUGGCCUCUGUUGCCCUGAUGCGAUAGCACCGCGUCUGGGUGACUACGCGAGCUCUUUCUUGAAGUCGAUGAGCAAGAUCGACUUCACUCGCGAGAAGGCGUCCGCGUUCCUGGGCUUCAACCAGGUCAUCAUGAAGAACCCCCAGGCAAUGGAAGCCAGCCUGGUGGACUACUUCCGGGCCAUUGCCUCGUUCCCGAACAAGUCGCUGUCACAGGAGGAAUUCCGGGAUAUCCAAAGCUCGUUCCAGCAGGUCCUACAAGGUUAUAAAAACAUGAUACCCAACUUCGAUUCUUUCCUCUCACAGCUGCCGCCUCCCAUGGCCCAGAAGCUGCGUUCGGCCUACCAGGUUUGAACCUGGCAGCACUUCGCACUGACCC